AUGUUCUCCUCCGCCGUGCAACCACCCCUCAUCUCGCUCUUCUCGUCGACGGAAGCGACCCUCUCACCCUCUUUCAUCGCACACCGACAAGUCACUGUCGGCAGACUCUUGCAUAUGUCUUCUGAACGACUCAACAUCCCUUCCACACCGCCGCCGCCGGCAAACCUCAUCUCGCUCGGUGAAGAGCACGAGGCUGACAGGCCAGACUACCAGUUGGACCAGACGGUCCUUCACAUCCAAUCUCCUACGCUGCGAACGACGUAUAUGCGAUGCCCACCGCUGGGGCGACUUGGGCUCGAGCAUCCGUGGAUACACCUCCAAGUGCGCAACCUGGAUAGAGAGUGGUCGUUCGAAGUCGGCGUGGUGGAUCAGUCGGGAGAGAGGGCAUCGUGCGGUGCUCGACGUUUCAGACUUAAGGAACCUCGACUGAAGCUGGGAAAACGCCCACUCUUACACUUGCCGCUGGCGUUCCCGACGUCGUCAUCCCGUCCCUUGACGUCCUGGUCGACAAUCACGCUCAACCUACCCUCCCUUCUGCCACACUUCUCCUCUGCCCUUCUCGUGCACAGGAGAUCCGGGGACGCGGAUGAAGAUCUGGACGAAGACGAUGCGUUCCCUCCCGACGAUGUACCGCGUGAGCCAGACGCCGCCGGACGGGCUGCGGUACCCAGUGGAACGUACUCACACGUAUCGUACGUCAAGGUGCACGCAACGUGCAGGUUACGGCGGAUUUGGUUCACGGAGAACGGGCCCAGACAGAAGCUGCCCUGGGAGUUCGAGCUGUACGCCGCCAAUUGA